CUGUCAGCUGUUCUUGUUUUGCUUCUUUACCCCUUGUUUUCUUCCAGGGUUGGAGAUUCCAGCUCUAAAAUAAUCACACCGCUACUGAAUUUGAAUUCAUUUCUAGCGGAGAACCCGCCGGCUCUGCCUCCGGAGCUCUUCACACACCGCCCGCUCCACAUUUCUCCCAAAUUGGAGCCGUCUUCCGCCGACAUCGAACGAAGAGGUGCAGCCGAUCCCAGGCCUCCAAUCCAGGGCGGAGGGAGGGAAGGAGGUCGCUGGGAAUCGGGAUGGAGACCGGAGAGCAAUCCGCCGGGCCGGGCGGAUCGAACGGACCGGGGCUCCGGUUUGGCUGCGCCUCUUUCAACCAAGACUCCACGUCACUGGCUUUGGGAACAAAGACCGGCUACAAGCUGUUUUCUCUGACCAUGGUGGAAAAACUGGACUGUAUUCACGAGAGUGCAGAGGCUCCAGAUAUCUACAUCGUGGAGCGUCUGUUCUCCAGCAGUCUGGUAGUCGUGGUGAGCACCUCCAUGCCGCAGCGCAUGAACAUCUACCACUUCAAGAAGGGGACGGAGAUCUGCAACUACAGCUACCCCAACAACAUCCUGGCUGUCAAGCUCAACAGACAGAGGCUCGUGGUGUGUCUUGAAGAGUCCAUUUAUAUCCACAACAUCAAAGACAUGAAGCUGCUCAAGACUCUGCUCAACACUCCAUCCAACCCAACAGGUCUCUGCGCUCUUUCUAUCAGCCAUUCCAACUCCUACCUGGCGUACCCUGGCAGUGCCACUAUUGGGGAGAUCAUAGUGUACGAUGCCAACAAUUUGAACACAUUGACAAUGAUCCCGGCUCACGACAGUCCACUGGCAGCUCUCACCUUCAACGCCUCAGCCACCAAACUUGCCAGUGCGUCAGAGAGGGGCACCGUCAUCCGAGUCUUCUCUGUUCCUGAGGGCCUGCGUCUGUUUGAGUUCCGCCGGGGGAUGAAGAGGUACGUCAAUAUAAGCUCGUUAUCCUUCAGCCCUGAUGGCCAGUUUCUCUGUGCAUCCAGCAACACAGAGACUGUGCAUAUCUUUAAACUGGAACAACUGGGACCUAGUGGAGGGGAAGAGGCUGCCACCUGGACAGCCUACGUGGGGAAGAUGUUCUCAGCAGCCAGCAGCUAUUUCCCUGCUCAGGUAUCCGGCAUGAUGAGUCAGGACCGGGCCUUCGCCACCGUUCACCUCCUCACGUCCGGUCAGAGGAACAUCUGCACUCUGGCUAUAAUCCAGAAGCUCCCACGGCUGCUGGUGGCCACAGCUGACGGCCAGCUAUUUAUCUACAAUGUUGAUCCUCUGGAUGGAGGCGAGUGCAUGUUGGCUCACAAACACAGGCUUUUUGGUGUUGAUGAUGACCAGUGUGAAGAAGCAGAGUCAGAAGGGUCAGAGGUCACAGGGCCAGCACAGGCUUGUCCGUCCUACGCUGCAACCGCUGCCUUACCAGCCUCUGGUCCCAUCACUGCAACCCUCACAGGCUACUCUGAAGACGGCGGAGCAAAGAAAGGCGAAGUCAUUCCAGAACACGAGUUCGCUGCUGGACCCGUGUGUCUAGACGACGAGAACGAGUUUCCUCCUAUUAAUUGGUGCCGCGACGGGACUGGAGGUGGCCAGGCGAGGCGCUCGUGAGUGGGUAGAAGGACAGAUGGACAAACAGACAGGUGCUGAAAAGUGAGAUGAGCAGCAAAAAAAAAAGUUUUUCAGGGUGCCAAGUUAUUUUUUCAGUCAGAGAGAAAAUAACACUGAUUAACAUUCAAGUUGACGUGGGAAACAAAACACUGACCAAGAAGUAGAUGUCAUGUAGUCAUUUCAGAGAGAACCAUAAUCUGGUCCUCAUGUUACGUAAUGGUUGUGUUAAAGGUACUCUUCUGAUUUGGUCACAGCACCAGUAGUACCUCUGAAAAUCCUUCCAGCUUACUGUUGAGUUUCGAAACAUCAACUGAACUGAGGGACAUUUCUGAACUUGUAGAUGCUGUUGGCUACUUAAAAAAAAUCAGGGAGUUUAUCUUUAAGGAGUGUUUUAUGAAAGUAUGACAUGCAUGCUGGAGCAGAAAUAUAACCACAGUUUUCAUUAGCUUUAUUACUUGACAUUAAGUUGCAUUAUUGUAGCAACAUUUUAUUUUUCUCAUUAAUAAUACCUUAGUUUACAUCUAUGAUAAAGAACUGAAUUGUUUUAAUGUUUAUUCUGUAUUGUAUUUUACUGCGUUAACAUGUAUGAAAUGUGUCUGUGUAUGCGUCCUGGAUAUAUUUCAGAAGGUGUGUAUGUACUGUUAUUUGUGCCUAUUAUCAUUUGUAAAAGAGCAAAUUAUUCUGCUAAUUGCACAAGACCAAAACAAGUGACAAAAACAAAGAAAUAAACACAUAGUGGAGUAAGAAUGGACCUAUGCAAAGCAAA